UCGGGAAUGGACCCAGUUCUGAUGGAGUUUUCGGAUGUUUGCCGUUACUUCCUCGGCAAAAGUGGCGAGUACAUUGCUGUAGGAUUUUCCGUAAUCGUGCUGCUUGGUGGUAUCAUGGUCUACUGGGUGUUAAUGUCGAACUUUCUGUUCUAUACAGGGACCGUCGUUUACGAAGCGCUUCAACCAAACAGUUCAACCAUUCCAAUUAUGGAAAAUAAGACGUUCACAUGUGACGGUGCUUAUGAAUCAUUUUGUGUUAUGUUCUCUUACGCUUUUAGUUUACUGUCCGAUGGACGAAUCAAUACCUCCUUUGUUAAACGAAUAUCCAACUCUGCCGUUUCCUCCCAGCUGGUUUUUACCCUCAUGGAGUUUUGA